UGUUGCUUGCUAGUGUUGUUGUUAAAUCUUCCCCUGCUGAUGUGCUGCUUGCUAGCGUUGUCGGCGCUGUUGAUGCUGAAGUACUGCUUGCAAGCGUUGAAGUUGGCUUAGUCACAAUGCUGCUUGCUAGUGUUGCUGUUGACUCUGUCGGUGCAGAAGAACUGCUUGCUAGCGUUGUUGUUGGCUCUGUCGAUGUUGAAGUACUGCUUGCUAGUGUCGAAUUUGGCUCAGUCGGUGUUGUUGUACUGCUUUUUGGCGUUGGCUUUGGUUCUGUCGAUGCAGGAGUACUGCUUGCUACCGUUGUUGUUGACUCUGUCGGUGCAGAAGAACUGCUUGCUAGCGUCGAAUUUGGCUCAGUCACA